AUGCAGGCCCCGAGCGAGGACGACGUUGCCCGCCAGGAGUCUCUCAAGCGACGGGCGGAGGCGCAUGCGCAGUGGAAGCGGAACUUCUUUCAGAGCCGGCCACCGCCGCCGUUCAUUCCGAAGUGUCGGCGGCGGCGUAGUCGCGAGCGCAUCGCCGGCGCCCCUGUGCAUCUCCUGCACAGGCGGGCCCUGGAGCUCGUGAGCGCCGAGGCGGCACGCGCGUCGUCCCCUCCGCCGCCCCCACAGGCAGCCACGACAGAGGUGACGGAGCCUAGGAGCAAAAGUGACGCGUGGCGGGAGAGGAUGCUGCUCGAGGUGGAGCGCCGCGACCCGUACACGGACAUCAACAUCCGCACCGACCCCCGGCGCACGGUGGUGGUGUCCAGCCUGCACCCCAAGUCCCUGGAGGAGGACAUCCGCCUGUUUGGCGAGCAGUUUGGGCGGGUGGUCAGCGUACGCCUCAUCUGCGACCGGGACGGAAGAAGCCGCAGGUACGGCUUCGUUCAAUUUGGGUUGGAGGCGGAGGCGCGAAAGGCGGUGGCGAACAGCCGUAAGCGGCGGCUGCACGGACGCGCCGUCGUGAUGGAGAUGGAGCGCGGGCGGCUGGAGCCCGGCUUCUUGCCGAAGCGGCUUGCCGAGGCGCGCCGCCAGGCUGCGGGGUCGGCGUCGGCGAGUAGCGCAAAGCGGCAGCGCGUGGAAGGGCGGGGCGUCGCGUCCGCGCCAGCGGCCGUGGCGAGGGGAGGCGCAUCCGCCGCGACGGCAGAUACUCGCGACGAGGUGGACGCCUUUCUGGAUGACAUUAUGAACCUCACCUGA